AUGGCAAGCGAUGGUGGCAGCUUGCGCUUUGCCGUGGGUGCUCGUGUCUCCUGCAACAUGGGGCGCGAAGGUUGGGCGAGUGGCGAGAUCGUGGCUACACAAUACCGCGAGGAUCAUUGGCCACUUGGGAAGACCGCACCUUAUCAGGUCAAGUUGGAUCUUGCCUUCGGUGGUGCAUUGAUCUAUGCUCCAGCUGAUUUUCCACGAGUGAUUCGAGCUGAGCUGCCUAGCACAUUCUCCAUACCGGAGGAGGACAGCAACCCCGAGCGAACUCUGGAAGCCUUGCACAAGGAGAUUCCCAGGCUCCGCGACGAGCCGGGGGUAAUCCGAGUUUCAGAACCGGAGCUCAUGGGCGUCGCAGAGGAUGGAACUGAGCUCUUCGUCCCCAGAGGCGACACGGGACCAUGGCUUGUGAGCGUGGUCAUCCAAGGGCCGGCAGACUCGGCCUACGAAAGGAGGCUUCGCCUUCAGGUGAAGGUGAACAGCGCUUAUCCGCUAACGCCUCCAGAAGUUCGUGUCCAGAGCUGGCUGCAUCAUGCGCUUGUUAAGCAGGAUGGGGUCGUGGACGAGGCAGCCUUUGCUGAGGCUCUUUCGAAGCUGGAAGAAGACAAGUCGGACGACAACGCUUCAAGACUGUGCCGCACGAUACGAGCCGUCCUGCUUCUGUUGGGGCAUCCUGAGCAGUUGUCCGAAAUUGCUGACAUGGAUGAUGUUGAGGAUGCCGCGAAGGCGAACGCUAAGUGCUUGAAGACGAUAUCUGAGUAUGGCAGUCUUCGUCGUCAUCAGUUUCUUUUCAAUGAGGAGGAGGCCUUCUCCAAGGACAUGUUCAACCCAAGAUUCUGGACAGCAUAUGCAUUGAACACAGCGGAUGCAUGGUCUUCUAUACUGACCGAGGAGGCGUCGGAGGUUUACUCAUUUCCAAUCUUCACGGAAGGUUUUUGCAAGGAUUUCGUUGAGGAGCUUGACAGCUUUCAUGCCAGCGGGUUGCCUGCCCGUCGCCCAAACAGCAUGAACAACUAUGGAGUUGUGGUGAACGAGAUUGGCAUGGAGCCAGCCCUGGACAGGCUCGUCCACAGCUUCUUGCAGCUGGUUGCGCAUCACCUUUUCCCUGGCGUUGGGUCCCACUUUGACCGGCACCACACCUUUGUCGUGCGGUACAAGGUCGGCGAAGAUCUGGGCUUGGACAUGCAUACCGAUGACAGCGACGUGACGUUUAACAUCUGCCUUGGCAAGGAUUUUAAAGGUGCUGGGCUUCAGUUUUGCGGCAACCAGGGUGCAGCUAAUCACCGACAUGCAAGCCUCUUGUACCAGCACAAGCUUGGGCAUUGCGUUGUGCAUCGCGGCCAUCGCCGUCACGGUGCUGAUGACAUCACAGAAGGCGAGCGGCUCAAUCUGAUAGUUUGGACUCGAGCCUUGCCAAGCAGAUGGAACCCGAGGUUCUGA